GGCACCAUUGCACAACACCCUGCCACCAAACCUUAACCCCGCACUUUACGACCCUAACAUGAUCUUGUUCGAUACGCUCUUUGGGGUUUCCAAACCCAGCUUUAUUACACACCGCGUUGUGUUGGCAAAGCCGAACGAUAUCUUCAACGACAACAAAUGCGCGUUCUGUUGGGCCUUAUACGAUGACAGCGAGCAUUGCGGUGUUCGAAUCCUACCCUAUAAUCACGUUUUUGGCCGCGAAUGUGCUGAUCAGAUGGUUGAUGGACCAAAUGGCAAUCGCUGUCCCAUCUGUCGAACAACACUGUUUCGCGAGCCGAAACACAAGGUCCUCCAGGAAUGACUGUUACAGCUCGUCUACGUGUUUGCCGUAAAUGUUAUGGCUUUGUCCAACGGAAUUCGCACACAUUUGUCUAGAUAUCCACGGCUUCACCGGGUGCUUCGCUCUGGCUUCAAUUGGCUUACAGAGUGCGGAAACGUCUACUUUCUGACCGAGCGCAUUAUCGAUAGAUAUACCUCGAUACGCGCUCGCAACCCAGAGCUCAAACUUGAAGAGCCUCAACUGUUGCUGCGGGUCGUUCGGUUACUAUACAUGUCUUGCUCUGCUAUUUCGGAUGGGAACCCUGCCCUUCCUCGCACACGGGUACUUUUCCACGCUUGCUUCAGAGUGGGGAUAUCAGCAACUAUAAUAGGAUUGUUAUCAAUUGGUGGACUACAUGGCAACAUUCUCCUGCGGUCAGAUCGCUUCCUCCUGGCUGGAGCCAUCAUGAUCGCCACAGCUGCUGCUCACUUCUACAACUUUUGGAUAAUCGGCUGCCAUGUACUUGGUCAAGAUUCAUCGUGGCUGACUGAGCAGCUCAGAGAAAAAGGCUAUGAAAUUUUGGUACAAUGUUUGAGCCUUGCAAGUUGCUUAACAUCUGGUUGACACGUCAGCUGCUCUCUUCGGACAUACGAUGGCUGACCGAGUAAAAGUUGACAGGACGUACGAAUUGAGUACGAAAGAGGAACGGUUGACGGCCAUGAUC